GUUGCGGAAGUAACCCCUCUUGCCUUUAUUUACGUAAAAGAUGAAUUCAAGUAGCGAUGAGAAGAGUAAGUUGGGCAACGGUGUUGUUGGGAUCCAAGCGGAAACCGUGAACAAAUGGGAGAGACGAACGCCCUUGACGCCGUUGCACUGCGCUCGCCUUUUACACGGUGGCAAAGACAAGACCGGCGUUUCCCGCAUUGUGGUUCAGCCAUCUGGUAAGCGUAUCCAUCACGAUGCCUUGUAUGAAGAUAUGGGAUGUGAAGUUUCUGAUGAUUUGUCUGACUGUGGGCUUAUAGUCGGAAUCAAACAACCUGAGCCAGAUAUGAUUCUUCCUGAGAGAACAUAUGCUUUCUUUUCCCACACUCACAAGGCACAGAAAGAAAACAUGCCUUUCUUGGAUAAAAUUCUUUCUGAGGGAGUGACGUUGUGUGAUUAUGAGCUCAUAGUUGGGGAUCAUGCGAAAAGAUUAUUGGCAUUUGGUAAAUAUGCAGGCAGAGCUGGUCUUGUUGACGUUUUACACGGACUGGGACAGAUUUCUCUGGGGGCACAAGAAAUAUUCGAACUUCUCCCUCAUACUUUUGUUGAACCAAGCCAGCUUCCUGAACUAUUUGUAAAAGACAAAGGAAUCUGUCAAAAUAGGAAAUCAACAAAGCGAGUCUAUCAAGUAUAUGGUUGUAUCAUUACCAGCCAAGAUAUGGUUGAACACAAGGAUCCAUCAAAGUCGUUCGACAAAGCAGACUAUUAUGCACAUCCAGAACACUACAAUCCAUUUUUCCACAAGAAGAUAUCCCCUUAUAUGUCUGUUCUUGUAAACUGUAUAUACUGGGAGAAGAGAUUUCCUCGUCUUAUAAGCACCAAACAGAUUCAAGAUUUAACAACAAAAGGAUGUCCACUAGUAGGAAUAUGCGAUAUCUCUUGUGAUAUCGGUGGCUCCACUGAAUUUCUUAACAGAGCUACUUUAAUCGAUACCCCUUUCUUUAGGUUUAAUCCCUCGAACAAUUCAUUCCACGAUGACAUGGAUGGUGAUGGCGUAAUAUGCAUGGCCGUCGAGAUUUUACCAACAGAAUUUGCAAAAGAGGCAUCCCAGCAUUUUGGAGAUAUUCUUUCUGAAUUCGUCGGUAGUUUGGCUUCCAUGACUGAAAUUGCAGAUCUACCAGACCAUCUGAAGAGGGCUUGCAUAAGCUAUAAAGGAGAGUUGACAUCUUUGUAUGCGUAUAUUCCACGUAUGAGGAAGUCAAAUCCAGAGUAUGUUCUGUUUCCACUGUCACUUCAUAUAUGUGCAUUAUCUGAAAUGAUUAUGCCUCUUCUAUGUAAACCAUGUUUUUGUCUUUGCCCACUUUUAACUGCAAAGAGGGACAAGAGAAAAUACUGGUGGAUUUUGAGGUUUCCAAUCACACAGAACAGACAUACAUACUGGUGGAUUUUGAUGAAGUUAAGGUUUAGUAAGAUUGGAAAACAAGAGUAA